GCAGAGUGCUGUGUUUGCUGCAGCAUGGCGGAGUCUAAAGCGCUUUACUGCGUUUAUUUCACUUUAGUUCAGGCAGUGUGCUGUGUGAGUGGAUUCAUGGCGAACGGGGACACUUUCAGACGGAAGGUGUCACUGGAGAUGAACCCUGGGUUAGCCCCGUCCACAGAGUUGCCCCCUGGGGUCUCGGUGCUCCAUGCACGGGCCCUCGGCCCCAACGACACGCUGCACUUCCUGUUCUGCAGCGGUGGAGCUCCAGCCCUGCUACUGAUCCACACACACUCCAACGAAUCGACGCUGGAGAUCAACUGGAGCAGCUUCUUGAGUCCCAACCCAACCGGCAGUGUGAAGGUGGAACCCGAGAGCAGCGUGCAGUACCGAAGUGCUCUCGUCUUCACCCGCUUGUGGGAGUAUGAUGAGUCGAACAGCACGGGGCAGAAUGUCUUGUCUCCAUAUGAGCUCAAGGACUUUGACUGGGACGAUGUGAACAAGACGGUGGAUUACACACACCACACGGCUCUGCUCUGUGGGAGACUCGACAGCAGCAACUCCUCCCUGUGUCUGCAUUUUUCAGUGUACGAUUCUUCUGGCCGAGAGGAGGCGUGGCCUAGUCUCCUCCACAAUGCCAACUCCUCCCAGCUGCGCAUCGUGUUGAAAGGUGUGAUGCCACGAACCAACCAAUCACAUUUCGCCCUGGAACUCCAGACAGUGAGCGAGGUGGACCUUCAGACCCAAGUCGACAUUCACAGGUCCAUCGACGAUGAAUACACACCUUCCAUCUUCCAGGUGUCAGAGUGGGUGUGGUCUCAUGAUAACUCCUCCUCCACGGUGGGAUUCUCUCAGUGGAAGCCUGUAGUGUAUCAGAAGAAUCUUCCUGCCAUUGAGGACGCAGCACCGUGCAGCCACUCAGAACCCGCCAUCCUGCCUCAAGCUCCAGCCUCACACAUCAUCGCAGCCUAUUUUACCCAGAAUCCCCUCACACACGGUCUCAACAUCACCUUUAACGUGACUUCUGAGCCUGCCCCAAACUCCACCCACUUCCUCAGCUGGACCAUGCUGGUGGGAGUCGGGACUCCUCCGUCAGAUUUCUUCUCUGUGCUGGUGAUCGCCAUCAUGGCUGUCGGUCUCGGUACUCCUCUCCUCCUCCUCAUAGUGGGCGGAGUUUACAUCUGUGUACGAAAAAGGAAUAUGCUCAGCCAUUAUGAAACGAUCAACUGAGGCUGGCAGCUGCGACACGAGCCACACCCAUAUGUAAAAAAAAAAAAAAGAUCAAAGGGAAGACAUUUCACCUGACGAUAAACCUCAAUCAACUGAUGUCAUGCUGCAAGCCCCUCCCACGUGCAUAAAAUGACUACUGACUUAUAGAAUUUUUUUUUUUUUCUGUAAAUCUAUGUUCUAAAUAUUAAUUACUUCAGUUUUUUUUUUAAAUAAUGUUGCAAUAAUAAGUCAACUGAUAUGGCAUUCUAGGCCCCGCCCACUUGUGCAAACUGACUAAUGCAAAGACCAGUGACAGGGCAAACAGCGAAUAACAAUCCACUGUGUUCUCUGUAUAAUUCGGCUCGGACCUGAGCAUAAUAACUGACCAAAAAUUAAUCAAGUCCGAGCUGAAUGUAACCUCGACUGUGAUGUAAUAUUUAAGCCCCGCCCAUGUUUAUACUGACCAAUAAAACAUCUCAAUGACAAGACAAACAGCAAAUCACAGUUCACGACACUUUCUGAAGCCAAGCUCUGUUUGAAAAUGUAAUCAGUAAAAAUAGUUACAUGCCCUGCCCACUUGUAGAAUAUAAUGUGUAGCCCCACCCUUGUACAAACCAGCCAAUGAGAAGUCAUGAUUUAAUCACUGCUGGGAGUGUGAAAACUGACCAAUGAGAAGAGUAGUAAUUGACUGUGUCAAUCAACUCUGUACCAUAUGUAGCCCUGCCCACAUGUAAAAACUAACCAAUGGUCAAUCUCAGUUCACCAUCAUUGUCGUUCAUAUUAAUUUCUCUCACUCCUUCCUUUCUUUCUCUCUCCAUGGUGGAAUUUGUCAUUGUUUUUUACGGAGACUGACUGACCAAUCAGAAGUCACCUUUGGAUCUGAAUGAUGAUUGGUGUGGGCGGGGCUUAAUUAAUUUGACUGCUUUUCACACAGUAAUGGGGUGUGAACUGGAGCCAGACCUGGUGUUGGCUCAGGGAUUAGAGAACCUUUUUAAGAAGCGGUUUAAGAAUCAAACUGCCAUGAUACUGGAUGUGGGCGUGUCCUAAUACAGUAUGUCAAAUUACUGCCUUUGUCCCCUCCCUCUCCUGUUGUUCACACCAUCACACUGGGGUUCUGUUCUAUUUCUGUUAAAAUGUUCUCACAGAGGGAGCACAUCUAGUAAAAUGUCCCCCAGCACUGUUGGAUUCUGGACUCUGAUUGGCCAGAAGGCAUUGAUUAAUUCUCUAUAACAGCAGCUCUGACAGUCGUGCAGCUGAGAAUCACAGGUUUAUAUAAAUGCUCGUUCACAGGGACUUGUGAUGUUCCACACAACCCCGUCUGGUUUUAUUGGUUGAAUCGACCUCAGUGAUUUUCAGAGGCGAAAGUGAGACUAAAACAUUUCCACACAGAAUCAGCCUCAGGGAUGCUAUUGUGUUUCACUGACUCACUUUACUGAAGGAGAACCCAGGGAUCUGCGCUAGGGAUCUACCGAGAACCUUUAAUGGUUCCCACAGAAGGACAAACUGGAGAACCCUGACUUUUUUCUUCUCACCUCAAAUUGUUUUAUAUGACUUGUAUUGUGUACACAAAGACAUACUGUAUAUUAUUAUAUAACUUGCUCCUUUGUGACAAAAUUGAAACACUUCAGAUUUACAGGGAAAACAUCUCUAAACUGCCUUAUACAUGAUACUUUCUUUCUCUUGGGUUGUUUUUUUUUUUGUUGGUUUUUUUUUUACAUUUUUCAAAAAGAAAUUCACAUGCUUUUGUAUAAAAUGCAGAGCUCUGGGAAGAGGGCAAUAUUCUGAGGAAAAAUACCUCAAAUUCUGAGAUUUAAGGUGUAAAUUUAUGAAGGGAAAACCCCGUAUUCUCUGAGACAACAAUCAUGCUUUCUGGCUGCAGUGCAUUCUGGGAAAUAUUGGAAAUCUGUUGCAUUUUCUUCUUUUAUAUUGUGCAAUAGAGGAGGAAAGACUGCAUUUCCCCGACCUCUCGGCUCAGCCGUGGCGUCUGUGGUGUGAUGGCGGUGAUCUGCAAAGUGCAAUAACACGGGUCUUUAACCUGCUAUUUUUCCAAGGGUUUUUUUCCCCCUCAUAAAUGUAUAACUUUUUAAUCUGAGAAUUUGCAUUUUUCUCUCAAAGUUGUGACUUUCCAAGUUUUUUUUUUUUCUCAGAAUAUUACACACACACACACACACACACACACACACACACGCUCUGUAAUUUACUUCUUUAACCAACACGGGCCCUAAUACAUCAUCGUACUUGGGUUUAUUUUGAUGGACAGUAAUCCACACUGAGAUGCCAUGAGAAAAGAUCAGUCUUGACUUUAAGCUGUAGAACUGACCUGAGCAUGAUGUGUGAUGUACAGAAGGUUUGUAUGAAUAUGCAUUUUGAAUCUAACUGAAGAAAUAAAAUUCAUGAUUAUAUUUAA